AUGGAUCACAUUGAAUUCAAAGUCCCUGCUGGGUGCUACACAGAAGCUUCUGUGAAGGAACUGAGAGCCUUCCUCAGCUGCACGCAUCGGAAGAUCGGCGAAGGAUCUCUUCUGUGGCGCGUGAGGCUUCAGUUGGCCGACAUGAAAGAGGAAUUUCAACGAAAGAUGAGCGACUUUGACCGAAAGAAAGCCAUGGAUAUGCGAACGCUCAGCAAGGACUUUGAGAAGAAGGUGGAGAUUGAGGCAGCGAAGCUUCGAGCGAGAACCAAGGACCAGUUGGAUUCCACGACCAAGCGGACCAUCAUGGAAAAUGAACAAAUGGUGGGCCGACAGCUGGAGGUUGUGGCAGCAGGGGUGCUUGAGAAGUUUGGGGCUUAUGGCAUUCGGCUGGUGAAGAAAUACACCAGGUGUUGGUGCACUGCACCCGGGCCGCUCCUGCAGUGUGGCCGUGGUGGCGGCAUUUCUGAUGCAAAAGGAGAAGAUCUCCCUGGGAAAGGCCCUUCUGUCCAUCAAGGUGACUUGACUGGCAUCUCAAGGCCGUCCUUGGUUCUAGUUGGCCGGUUGGCCACAAAAACAACCAUGUAUUUCAUCAUAAAUCAUAUAUUUUACCAUAUUCAUAUACUUAUACCAUUUUGA